AUGGUGGAUGUAGAACCCUGUCUUAACGAAGAGCUUAAUUCCAACCCAUGGAAGCUCACUGAAAUUAGUGAAUCAUCACAGUGCCGGUCGUUGAAGCUUCCUGAGAACCUCGGAGUGACUAAGAUAUCAAGGUUAAUAUAUACGAACUCUGGUGAUGCCAUCUUAGCAUUAACAUCAAAUGCUAUUCACCUGCUUUGGAAGUGGCGAAGAAAUGAACAAAAUUCAAGUGGCAAGGCAACAGCCAGUGUUUCUCCUCAAUUGUGGCAACCUUCAAGUGGCAUCUUAAUGACAAAUGAUGUGCGCGAACCAAUCCAUGAGGAAGCUGUCUCCUGCUUUUCUUUGUCCAAGAAUGAUUGCUAUGUGUUAUCAGCUUCUGGUGGAAAGAUCUCCGUGUUCAACAUGAGGACAUUCAAUGUUAAAUGCAAGCUUAAUGGACACUCUAAAAGGAUAACUGGCCUUGCCUUCUCUCAUGUGCUCAAUGUGCUUGUUUCCUCAGGAGCCGAUUCUCAGCUGUGUGUUUGGAGCACUGAUGGAUGGGAAAAGCAGAGGGCCAGAUCCUUGCAUCUACUGGGGCGAUCGACAUCUCAAUCAGAUACCAGAGUGCAGUUUCAUCAUAAUCAAACUCAUUUCCUGGUUGUGCAUGAGGCACAGAUUGCAAUAUAUGAAACAACUGAGUUGGAAUGUUUAAAGCAGUGGGUUCCGUGUGAAAGUGCUGCCCCAAUUUCUCAUGCCACAUUCUCAUGUGAUAGCCAGCUCAUAUAUGCCAGUUUCUUGGAUGCAACUGUGUGCGUAUUCGCUGCAAGGAACCUCUAUAGGCGAUGCCGUAUUAUUCCCUCAGCUUAUCUAUCACCCAGUAUUAGCAAUGCAAAUAUCCACCCAGUUGAAGUUGCAGCACAUCCACAAGAUCCAAACCAGUUUGCAUUAGGUCUGUCGAAUGAUAGUGUUCUUGUUCUUGAACCACUUGAAUCUGAAGGAAAAUGUGGCGACCCUCCACCACUUGAAAAUGGAUUUGCAAAUGAUAUGCCAGCCGCUCCAUAUGUUGGUGCUUCAGGCUCCGGUCAUGCAUCAAGAUGGCAAACAAGGCACUGAGCCAACAGUAGUGUUGUGUGUUGUUCUCAUGAAUCUUUCCCAAAUUUCAGUUCUGACUGAUGAUUAAAUGUUCGUUCUAGGAGCAACAGUUUAUCUUCCUAAACUAGCUGGAAUUUUUUUCUGUUCCGAUCAACUCAAAUCUCUUAUAAACAAUCCCAAAUUUCAGAUUUGAACUCU